GGGGACCUAGCGCCUGUAUGACCGCCCCUGUUGAUUCUAUGCACUGCAGCUGGAAUAUUGGAAUAUUGUCCUGGCAAAGCGGUCACUCUCCUCCUUUCCUGUGGAUGGCGCCCCUCGGAGACAGGCUUGGACGGUUUUGUGCACUUUCGUGAGCAAAAAAGUACAGAGCUUGGCAGCUAGCGAGAAGAGAAAACCGACCCUUUGAGGUUGGUUAUAUUUCCUGCAUUUUCAGCUAGUUUUAGUUAUUUCUAAACUUUCAGUGGCGUAUUGGAAGCUUCAUACAAACGGGAACCAACGCGAUCUGGUCUUCGCACGGUGUUAGGACGCUCUGUGGAGGAGCAGGGUGCCUUUUAAAAAGAAAACCAGGCAUAACAUUAGCGCGCCGUGCCGAAAAGAGAGAACCCGGGCUACGCGGCGAGUCAGUCGGCUAUCCAAGGAGAGCCGGGAGGACCACGGCACAGCCGCCGCCACAGCCACCUGGAGUCGGGGCCCGAGAGGGAGCCUGUCAGGCCCUCGGCUUGAUGCACCCUGCCUGCCUUGCCUUAGCCGCAGUCCGAGAUGGGGGAGACCAAAAUUAUCUACCACCUCGACGACCAGGAGACACCAUAUCUGGUGAAACUGUCUGUGCCUGCGGACAGAGUCACUCUGGCAGACUUCAAAAAUGUCCUCAAGAAACCAAAUUACAAAUUCUUCUUCAAAUCUAUGGACGAUGACUUCGGGGUGGUAAAGGAGGAAAUAUCUGAUGACAACGCCAAGCUGCCCUGUUUUAAUGGACGUGUGGUGUCAUGGCUGGUCUCUGGAGACAGGGCCCACACAGAUGCAGGCUCAGUGGCAGAUAGUUUGGAGCCAGCACCCCCUUUGGAGAGGACCGGGGGCAUCGGAGACUCAAGACCACCUUCCUAUCACGGGAAAGCAGCAAGUGGUCGGGACAGUUUGGACAAUGACACCGAGAGCGGCUCCAUGGUGUUGCAGAGGAGAGAGAGGGAGAGGCCACGGCGGAAACACACUAAUGAUCACGGUGGGAGGCAGAAUGGCUACUCGUCGCGGGCAGUGGGACGUGGGGGUGCAGAGUACGACAGCUGCUCUUCGUUCAUGAGCAGCGAGCUGGAGUCCACUUCCUGCUUCGAUUCAGAGGAUGAUGACGCAACCAGCAGGUUCAGUAGCUCUACUGAACAGAGCUCCUCUCGUCUAAUGAGACGACACCGCCGUCGCCGACGGAAACCCAAGGCCUCCAAUAUGGACAGGUCGUCAUCAUUCAGCAGCAUCACAGACUCCACUAUGUCUCUAAACAUCAUCACUGUCACUCUCAACAUGGAGAAGUACAACUUCCUGGGCAUCAGUAUUGUUGGUCAGAGCAAUGAGAGAGGAGAUGGAGGAAUCUACAUUGGCUCUAUUAUGAAGGGAGGAGCUGUGGCUGCAGAUGGACGCAUAGAACCUGGGGACAUGCUGUUGCAGGUGAAUGACAUCAACUUUGAGAACAUGAGCAAUGAUGAUGCAGUUCGAGUACUGAGGGACAUUGUGCACAAGCCAGGCCCCAUUACUCUGACCGUGGCCAAGUGCUGGGACCCGAACCCUCGGAGCUGCUUUGCUCUGCCAAGGAGUGAGCCAAUCCGGCCCAUUGACCCAGCUGCAUGGGUGUCCCACACGGCAGCUAUGACCGGGGUGUACCCUCCAUAUGGUAUGAGUCCUUCCAUGAGCACCGUCACCUCCACAAGCUCCUCCAUCAGCAGCUCAAUCCCCGAGACUGAGCGAUUCGAUGACUUCCACCUCUCCAUCCACAGUGACAUGGCAACAGUUGCUAAGGCCAUGGCCUGCCCUGAGUCAGGGCUGGAGGUGCGGGACAGGAUGUGGCUCAAGAUAACCAUUGCUAAUGCUUUUAUUGGUUCUGAUGUGGUGGACUGGCUCUUCCAUCACGUGGAAGGCUUCUCGGAUCGCCGUGAAGCCCGCAAAUACGCCAGUAACCUGCUGAAGGCUGGCUACAUUCGACAUACCGUCAACAAGAUCACUUUCUCUGAACAGUGCUACUACGUCUUCGGAGACCUCUGUGGCAACAUGACCCACUUGUCUCUCCAUGACCAUGAUGGUUCCAGUGGGGGAGCCUCAGAUCAGGACACUCUGCCCCCUCUGCCCCACCCCGGGGCCGCCCCCUGGCCCAUGACCCUGCCCUACCAGUUCCCCAUCCCUCACCCAUAUGAGCUGCCACAGCCCUUCCAUGGUGGACCAGCUGCUGGCAGUGCGGGAAGCCAGCACAGUGGAAGCAGUGGUUCAAACUGCAGCAAGAACGAGGGUCGGAAAUCCGGCGGCAGUGGCAGUGAAUCUGAGGUCAGGAGCCACCGAGCUCCAAGCGAGCGCUCCGUGGCUCCUCCUAGUGAGCGAAGCAUCCAUAGCUCUGUCAGCCACCGUAGUGCCAACUCCCACUCAGUAACAUACGGGCCUGGCCUUGUCUAUGGGCCCCCUGGCCUGCCCCCACAGCCCCCACAUCUGUCUACAGCUGCACCUGGAGCUCCACCAGGCAGAGAGCUCACCUCAGUGCCCCCUGAGCUCACUGCAUCACGCCAGUCUCUGCGCAUGGCAGUGGGCAACACUGGGGAGUUCUUUGUUGAUGUGAUGUGACACAGGUUAUAGCCCGACAGCAGAGUAGCAGGUCAGGCUUUCUCGUGUCUUUAUAAGGCUGAGAAGGACAGAGGGAGAGGACAUGGACAGGAGGGAGGGGAAGAUUGCAGAAGCUCAAACCAAGGCCUUGAUUCCACUUUCCAAAAAAAAGAGAUGGAACCAAUCCUAUUGUGUAUGCUGAGAGCAAAUGUUCUUCUUCUCUUGUGCUUUUCUUCCAAGUAGUAGUGGUUGUACUUUCUUCAGUGAAGAAACCCCCUCGCUCAAGAUGGAACCAAAGCGCCUGUCUUCAUUUUCUGCUCCCUGGUGGGGAGGAAUUUGUGCAAGGACAAAGAGUAAGAGAAAGGGAAGGAGGAGGUGAAAGCAGGCAGCUGGUGACGAUGACUCAGCGCUUUUCUUCGGAUGUUUUUCAUUUGUUCUUCUUUUCGCUCCUCUCCACCUUCCUUAUCUAACAUUCUCUGUCCUCCCCCACCCGUGUCCUGAUCAAAACUGAGAGAAAAAGAAGCCUCUUCCCUCCUUUCAAAUUCCACUUGCUGACCUCUAACAAGAAGAAAAAAAACUGAAAGAAAGCCAAAUUGAACACUAACUGUUAAGCUUAUUUAGACCUGCAAUUGUUUGCUUGACUUGAGAGAAAGAAAUGGAAUAUCUGUACGUAGAGCAAGAGAAGCGCAGUCCUUAUUGUAAGAAUGCAUUUGUUUUAUUAUAUAGGUAGCUGGUCACAACUAGUUUCAUUGUUCAAUGCUAAACAUGAGCAUCCAGCUUCAUGGGUCCUUUGUACACUACGCAACUGCAUUUUAAUCUUUUAACCAGAGCAUUUUCAGACUGUCUUGUGAUAAUGUAUAGUGGAAAAAAUUCUUAUCAUGUCUUUAACACUACUCUUUUAUCAAGCAAAAAAUGUCUUUUUAUUUAU